GCAGUGCAUGUGUGCUAACGUAGCAGCUCGAUGUGUUUGCAUGUUAGCUUAGCUGACUGCUAUGAAAACAAGGCAAAUGUGUGAUUCUGUGUUGUUACCAUGACAUGAAUCACUACAAGUCCAUGUUCUUACACAUUUUACGCCGUGGUUUUAAUAGGACUCAAGCGUUUAUACUGUGCGAGAGGAGCUGUGCUGGUGUUGUGAGCUCCUCGGUGUUUGGAGAUCAUCUGAGGAACCGGAGUCUGUCUUUCUCUCAGACCAAGAUGCCCAAAAAAGAUAAAAUGAGUAAAAGUGCUCAGAAACAGCCAGAAACACCAAGCGGUCCAGUUUACACUCUUAAAGAUGGCGAGCUUGCGAUUGCAAUCCAUGCUAAGCCCGGAGCAAAACAGAAUGCUGUUACAGAUGUGUCCUCAGAGGCAGUGGGGGUCGCUAUUGCUGCGCCACCAACUGAUGGAGAGGCCAAUGCGGAGCUGGUGCGGUAUUUAGCCAAAGUGCUGGAGCUAAAGAAGAGUGAAGUAAUGCUAGAUAAGGGUAGUAAAUCAAGAGAGAAAAUCAUUAAAGUCACUGCUUCUAUUAGUAAAGUGGAGGUGCUGGAGAGACUGAAGCGUGAGGCUGCUGGCUGAGAACACUGAAAACUCCCGGAUUUUUUCCUUUUAAGGAAUGCACACUGGGCUAAACCGGGUCUGCCCAACCGUAGCCCUGGAGGCUCUCCCCUACAAAGUCUCAGACUGUAACUUAUAGUGAAAAUCAGCUGGUUAUUCGAAUGAUAAGCUGAAAACAAAACCAUUCAAGCUUGUUUUUUUUAAUAUGAAAUGCUCCACUCUAGAGAAACCUAACAGUGGUGCUAAUAGGAACCAGACGUCUGAAGUGUGUAAUGCCCCAAGAACUACCUAAUUAUAGAAAGUUAUUACAUGAAGUGGGUAUGAAUAUGUUGCCAGAAUGCCUGAGACCUUUUUGUGUGAUAGGGUUUUGGCCUAAAACAUAUUUUAAAAAAAAACCCAGACAGGUUCAUGCAGGGCCCAAUUUUGCACUGUUUUUCUAUUACCAGUAUAUCAUAUAGAUCUCAGAAGACAUAUAGGUUUACAGGUCAGUUUGGAUAGUAAAUAAACUGUCUGUAUUUCCAUAGAUGUUAGAUUAGGGUUGGAACAUCCCUGCCCUAAAAUAUCAUCAGUGCCGGUCCUGUUUUGUGCCAACAAACAUUUAUUGCUUUCUGUGGAAAUCUGUCUGCUGCUGUAAUGUGAUAUUAGCAGUGUACCAACAUCUUUUAAUAUUUAAUAGCUUCUGAGAAAUAUCUUUUCUCCUGCUUUAUUCCCCAAUUUUUGUGUUGCAAGAUAUCUAAAUUCUAAGACUUUUCAGGCGCUGACAGCUUUUGCUGUAAUAGCUGUGACAAUAUAUCAGAGCUUCUGUCAGUGAGUAAUGUGUUAAUUAAGGAGAGGCUUAAUGAGCAGAGCUAUUAGAUGAUUUCCAUUAAGAAAUGCACCCGCCACUAGAUAGCCUAAUUUAAAUAACUUUUGGACUGUUCAUUUCACAACACCCACAGAAAUAAAAAAAAGGAAAAAACCAAAAACGUGUAAAUAGCAGGAGUGACUACUUCAAACCUGUCGUGUAUUAGAAUUUCAUGCUGGUCAUAUUUUGUAUUAGUAUGCAUUAAGUUGGUAUGUUGGGUUUAAGUUGGUCUUAAGUUUAAUCUUCAAUCUUUGAGACUUAUUACAGAUUUAAUUACAUAGUGAUACAGUUAGGUAUAUUUAUAUUUCAGCCUUUUUCUGUUUGUUUCAAUGUGAAGAUGUGACAAAAAAUGUCAAAAAUGGUUUUUCUCUUCUCAAAGUGUGUCCAACCAGCAGUCCGUUUUCAUCUGGUUCAAAUCGUAAUAAAAUAUUGCUUCUUCUUCUUCUUCUUAA